AUGGAGGGUGUCUCUCGUCAAAGCUCAAAGCUUCUCAGGCCCCGUGGUCAGCUGCCCCAGCGCCUUCCGCGCACCGCGACAUCCUUUGUCCAGCCCCAACGCCGAACGCUGUCAUACUCUCCCCGAAACCUCGCCCCCGAAUCAAUUUUCUCCAACCUGAAAGCUGGUGGUCCCUACAAUGAAGGUCCCACAAGCUAUUUCUCCAACCGAACGACCCUCCCCGCAAAUACCGUCGUGCGAUUCGUGCCCCAGCAGACAGCAUGGAUCGUCGAGCGCAUGGGUAAAUUCGACCGCAUCUUGGACCCCGGUCUGGCAAUCCUGGUGCCCUUCUUAGAUCGUAUCGCAUAUGUGAAGAGCUUGAAGGAGGCCGCCAUUGAGAUCCCCAGCCAAACCGCCAUCACUGCUGACAACGUCACCCUCGAGCUGGACGGUGUGUUAUAUACCCGCGUUUUUGACGCAUACAAGGCAAGCUACGGAGUUGAGGACGCAGAAUACGCCAUUUCGCAACUUGCACAAACGACCAUGCGAUCGGAGAUCGGUCAGCUCACUCUUGACCACGUUCUGAAGGAACGCGCCAACCUUAACGUCAACAUCACAAAGGCUAUCAACGAGGCCGCCCAGGAAUGGGGCGUUGUCUGUCUUCGCUACGAGAUCCGAGAUAUCCACGCACCCGAGAAGGUCGUUGCUGCCAUGCACCGCCAGGUCACUGCCGAGCGAUCCAAGCGAGCUGAGAUUCUCGAGUCAGAGGGUCAGCGCCAGAGCGCGAUCAACAUCGCUGAAGGUCGCAAGCAGUCUGUUAUCCUGGCUUCCGAGGCUUUGCGCGCUGAGCAAAUCAACCGCGCCUCCGGUGAAGCUGAAGCUAUUCAACUCAAAGCCGAGGCUACUGCUCGCGGUAUUGAUGCUGUGGCUCGGUCUAUUGAAGAAGGCGGCCAGAACGCCCACAAUGCCGUUAGCCUUAGCGUCGCCGAGAAGUACGUCGCGGCUUGGUCGAACCUGGCUCGUGAGGGUACUGCCGUCGUUGUCCCUGGAAACGUGGGUGACAUGGGUGGCAUGAUUGCCAAUGCGAUGGCUGUCUACGGCAAAGUCAGUGAGACACAGGCUCGCGGUCUAGCGAAGAAGGCUCUUGGAGCCGAGGCUUCUCAAUCGCCUGAGGUCGCGCAACAAUCGGUGGAUGAGAACGCUUCUGUCCAGACAGAAACGCCCGACGUUGCGUCACAAACUGUGACUGAGGGAUUUGAUGCGGUUCGCGAACACAAAAAAUAA